AUGUAUGAAUAUUACCAUGCAUAUUGGCACGAUAUACGAUUAAACUUUGUUAUACUAAAGAAGUUAGAGAAACAGAUUCAAGACUAUUUCAUAAGAACAACCGAAUAUCUAAAUAAUACGCUGGAGCAUUUAAUUAUAUUUUCGUUAUUAUACAUUUUAUUAUGUAUAUUGUUGUAUGCAUUGAUUGUGGUGUGGAAGAAAUUUCCAUACACGAACAGUAUAAGAAAGUCGAAAAGGGUUUUGUUUGUAACAGGCCAUCCAGAUGAUGAGGUUAUGUUUUUUGGGCCUACGAUACUUCAUUUCAUUAACAAUACGGAUACAGAGGUUUAUUUAAUGUGCCUAAGUAUAGGGCAAAAUUAUGGUAAAGGAGCAGUUAGGAAAAAAGAGCUAUAUGACAGUUGUAAAGUGCUAGGUAUAAAAGAAGCAAACAUUAUGGUUGUAACCCAUACAAGUAUGCCCGAUAAAAUUGAUGUUAACUGGCCUAUAGAUGUUAUUGGAAAAAUCAUUUUAAACAUUGUGGAAGAGUAUGACAUUGAUGUUUUAGUUACUUUCGAUAGACAUGGUGUUAGUAAUCACCCAAAUCAUUGCAGUAUUUAUUUUUCUGUUGCCAAUUUAAUUAUUGAUAAGCAGCUACCUAAAUAUUGUUCUGUUUACGUAUUAGAAACAGUGGACAUAAUAAGAAAGUACUGGUUUAUACUAGACUUACCGUUAACGUUUUUGAUGUCGAGAGUUCGUUAUGUGGUGAGCUGUAAGGACCGGUCAGUUAUCCAUAAGGCUAUGUGGCAACACAAGUCUCAACUUGUAUGGUUCAGAUUUCUCUACAUGUAUUUCUCGAGGUACAUGUUGAUAAAUUCGUUACAAAAAAUGAACCUUUCCGACAUUGAACUCGACUUAGAAAUCGACGAUUGA